UUGGUUAUGGAGUACUGUGUAGGCUCUGCUGCAGAUAUUCUCAAAGUUUACAAAAAGCCAUUUUUGCAAGUAGAAAUUGCUGCCAUAUGUCAACAAACAUUACAAGGGAUUGCUUAUCUACAUGGAAUUAAACGUAUACACAGAGAUGUAAAAGCUGGAAAUAUUUUAAUGACGGAUUGUGGACAAGUUAAACUUGCAGAUUUGGGAAGUGCAUCUCUUACUUCUCCAGCACAAACUUUUGUUGGAAGUCCUUAUUGGUGAGU